GGCAGGGACGUGGCUGAGAGAUUGUGCCGGCGGAGGGUGCCGCGGGCCUGGGGCGCCCCUCGAAUGAGCGGGAAAUCGGGGGACACCCUCUGCUUCCCCAGGGUGUCCAAUACGAAGGGGGAUGGCACCUGCGGGAAAGGAGACUGGAGAUGAGACGGAAGGGUCCGGGACUCCUGCGAGCCCCAGAGCCCUCAUGGAACAGAACGCGUGGGGGCAAGUGAGCUCCAAGGUCCUGGGGUUCCCGUCCCGGCUGCACCUCACGUUGCGGUGAGGGCGCACGCAAGCCCUUGCUUCUCCCUGGGCAUCUGAUCCCCAUUCCUCGGAAAGACAAGGCUAGCACCUGCCCGCACCCGCGAGGUGCGAGGCCUCCCCUCUGGUCUGCCGCAGGAUGCACCUCUCCGCCGCGGCCCGGCUCUGGGGACCCCCGGGGCUGCUCCUGACGCUCGUCCUGCACCCGACUCUGUGCGUGAGCUCCCACCGGGACUACUGCGUGCUGGGCGCGGGGCCCGCGGGCCUGCAGAUGGCCUCCUUCCUGCAGCGGGCCGGCAGAGACUAUGUGGUCUUCGAACGCGCGUCGGCCCCGGGCAGCUUCUUCACGCGCUACCCGCGGCACCGCAAGCUCAUCAGCAUCAACAAGCGCUACACAGGAAAGGCCAACGCCGAGUUCAACCUCCGCCACGACUGGAACUCCCUACUCAGCCACGAUCCCCGGCUCCUCUUCAGACACUACUCCCGCGCCUACUUCCCGGACGCCGGCGACAUGGUGCGCUACCUGGGCGACUUCGCAGACAGGCUGGGGCUCCACGUGCUGUACAACACCACCAUCACCCACGUCACUCUAGACAAGGACCAGCGGGCCUGGAACGGCCACUACUUCAUGCUGACUGACCAGAAGGGCCAUACAUACCAAUGCAGUGUCCUCCUUGUGGCCACUGGUGUGUCAGUCCCCAACCAGGUUGACUUCCCUGGCUCUGAAUAUGCGGAGGGUUAUGAGUCUGUGUCCGUGGAUCCUGGGGACUUUGUGGGUCAGAAUGUGCUGAUCCUGGGCCGCGGGAACUCGGCCUUUGAGACGGCAGAGAACAUCUUGGGUGUCACRAACUUCAUCCACAUGCUGAGCCGCUCCCGGGUGCGGCUCUCCUGGGCCACCCACUACGUUGGAGACCUCAGAGCUAUCAACAAUGGCCUGCUGGACACCUACCAGCUGAAGUCCCUGGACGGGCUUCUCGAGUCGGACCUGACGGAUCUGGCCAUCGUGAAGGACCACGAGGGCAGGUUCCACAUCACCCUGAAGUUCUUCCUGGAGGAAACCAGCGCCAACCAGAGUGCUGAUGCCAUCCCCCUCCCCCAGGACGACAACGACAACUUCGCCAUGCGCGUGGCCUACGACCGCGUCAUCCGCUGCCUGGGCUGGAGAUUCGACUUCUCCAUCUUCAACCAGUCCCUCAGACUCAGCUCCGGGAGCGAGUUCAGCAAGAAGUACCCGCUGAUCAGAGCCAGCUAUGAGUCCAAAGGCAGUCGCGGCCUCUUCAUCCUGGGCACCGCCAGCCACUCGGUGGACUACCGCAAAUCAGCUGGGGGCUUCAUCCACGGAUUCCGGUACACAGUGCGAACCGUCCACCGGCUGCUGGAGCAUCGGCACCAUGGCGUGGCCUGGCCCUCCACCGAGCUGCCCAUCACACAGCUCACCAACGCCAUCAUCCGGCGCGUGAACGAGGCCUCGGGGCUCUACCAGAUGUUCAGUGUGCUGGCCGAUGUCAUCCUGCUCAAGGAGAACGCCUCGGCCUUCGAGUACCUGGAGGAGUUCCCCAUGCAGAUGCUGGCCCAGCUGGAGACRCUCACCGGGAGGCCGGCCCGGCACGGGCUCUUCGUCGUCAACAUGGAGUACGGCAAGAACUUCUCUGGGCCCGACAAGGAUGUCUUCUUUUAUGACCGGUCGGUGGGGCACACCGAGGACGCCUGGCUGUCCAACUUCCUCCACCCUGUCAUCUACUUCUACAGACGCCUCCCCACCGAGCAGGAGGUGAGGUUCCGCCCCGCACAGUGGCCCCUGCCGCGGCCCACGGCCAUCCACCACGUCGUGGAAGACUUCCUGACCGACUGGACGGCGCCCGUGGGACACAUCCUGCCCCUGCGGCGCUUCCUGGAGAACUGUCUGGACACCGACCUGCGGAGCUUCUACGCAGAGUCCUGUUUCCUGUUCACCCUGACGCGCCAGAAGCUGCCCCCGUUUUGCCAGCAGGGGUACCUGAGAAUGCAGGGGCUCAUGGGCACCGAGAGCCUUCGGCGGCAUGGCGUGGAGAGCGGGCUCCUGCAGGACUAUGCCACCAUGGACGAGCCCCUGGAGGACAGCAGCCAGCAGCCUGGGGAACACGGGCCAGAAGGUCACCGCCUGUCUCGGGGGCCUCCACUCCAGUCCCUUGACAGCAACAAGGAGGAGCUCUGACGGUCCUGGGCUGUGGGCACCGCGGCCAGGCCUCCCCACAGGCCACGGUCAGCCCUCUCUCCCCGCAGCCCCCUCCACUGAUGCAUGACGGCCCAAAGCCACUCAGGCCUUGCCAGGUUGACACCAGAGCCACCUGCAGAGCCAGCAGCAGUGGGGCUGCUGCAGCACUGCGGUCCCCCCKGCCUGGUUCCUGGUGCCCAAGAAGCAGGGUGAGGAGAAGGGCAUCCUCUGCCGGUGUGUGCUGCCUUCUAAUGCCGAGCUCUUCAGCUGGACCAUCGCUGAGUGCCAGGCUGGCCCACUCUGUCCCCUUCAAGGGCCCACCUGCUCCUUUUCCCUCCCCUCCACUCUUGUGACAGGCCCAGAGCCCACCUGGGGCCCUUCAUGGUGAAACCCACCCUCUUGUCAUCAGGGUUUCUGCAGGCACUUAUCUUCAGGCGCCCGAGGGUUUGCAUGGCGGAGAGAAGUCCCUGCAAGGCCACCUGGUGCUGAGCCGUGGCUCUCCCAGGGCCAGGGUCCUGCCCCAGCCGCUCUGCAUCCUGUGUCCUGAUCCCCACCCCUCCCCUGGCCUCUGGCRUCCUGAAGCACACCUUGCUUGGACCCGCCCCUGCCCAGUAUAGUGAAGCUGUUUUGCACCUGUCACAUGYACCAGGGGACAUGUGCAGAUGCCCCUGGGUGGCAGCAAUGGUGAGUCAUUCCUGGUUCCCUUAGCUCUUCAGCUGCUCUUGUCCCUCGUCACUGGGUGCCCCUCAGGGGUUUCUCUCGUUCCUGAGGCAAGGCCUGCGCCUGGGCCUGGUGGUCACUUUCUCAGGGCUGCUCACGAGUUCUUCAUGCGGCCAUUGAAAAUUCCAAAGCCCCUUCCUGGGCUCCCCCUCUUCCCUCCUGGCUAGUUCCAAAGCCCCUUAGCCACUGGCCUAGCUGUAUGCUCAGUCACCUCCUGUCCCUGGCAGAGUUCCAACACUGCAAGUCCCACACUUCGCCCACAGCAGGGUGACUGUCGCCCCCGUGAUCCUACCUGGGACAGUUUGCACAGCGCUGAAGCUCGUGAAUUAAGGGUUUUCCCGAAUCCCGGGUGUGGUGUUCACUGAAUUUCACCCAGAUCCGAGGCGAGCCCACGUAGGACCCUGUGGUCCCCCUGCCUUUUCCAAGUCAUGCUUUAAAUGAGUCUUUUAACUGGGGCUGUGCCCAGUGUCCGAUCCUGUUCCCGAAGCCCUGGGGCUAGCUGAGCCACUUGUUCAGUAACAGUUGGAGGUGCCAUAACAAGUGGUUGGCGACGCCUCGACAUGUGACAUCUGCUGCUGCCUUCAUCUGCCAAGUCAAUCAUCCCACCAAAAUAUCAGCCAGCCUUGUUUGCUUUUAAGAAGGCAGGAUUCCAUUCUUGCUCAGUUGAUUGGCCAUGUCUUCUCUGGUUUUCUGGAUUUUAAUGAAGAUCACUGUGGCAUUUGCUGAGUCCCCCAGCUGACAGUCACAGCGGUCCCUGCCCCUUCCCUUGGCCUGCCUCAGGUGCCUGUGGCCUCGGGGUGCCGUGUGCAGGUGGCUGCUGCCUUCCUGUGGUGUUAGAGAACAUUUUCUUUUUUCUUCUAUUUCUGUCGUGGUUUCUGGCCUGGAGUAGGUGAGCACACACCCCACCACCCAGUUCCCCGCCCCGGGCCCAGGUGGGUUUCUAAGACUGCCCUGGCUCUGCGAAUGGACAUCUUCUAUGAAGUUGAGUGUAAGGACAGCGAGUGCUGUCACCCUCCAGCACUGCCAGCUCCCCGGGUGUGGAUGAAAUGGAUUCACAUUUCCACUUUUGUACCUCAGUUCAUUUUUUUUUUGGCAAGUCUGAGCAGCACAGGCGUAGAGCUUCUGCAGCUGGACCAAAUUCCUCUUUUAGCUGAGGCCUGACUUCAAUAAUUCCUCCUUUUUUUAAUAUAAGGUUAUUGGUGCAAAACAGAUGAGCCAGUGAAACAAUCUACCAUACGUAAAUGUUUUCCAUAAGAGGUGAUUUUGAAAGGAAUCCUGCCAUAUGCAGGGCACACCUGUAAUCCCAGAGGCUUGGGAGGUUGAGACAGAAGGACCUCAAGUUUGAGGCCAG